AUGGAGACAUUCCCUUCCAUCACGGAUGACCUGACGUCGACUGUUGCUGCCAGUGUCUCCUCGAUUCCCACUGGUUCCAGCACAGAAGGCGUCGAUCCAGUUGGGACCACUUCUUCUGUGGCCACCGAGCUGCCGGUGACCUCUGAAGUCGACUCGACUAGCUUUGUGACUUUGACCUUGACGUCGUCCGUCUUCGCCACAGUCACGGCGCCCUCCACUUCUCGCUGGAUUCCUUGGCCAACAGGCACUGGUGGUACUGGAUAUCCCUUCCCUCACCCGAGCGGGACUGGUAUCUGGAGCAACCAUACCUCUGGCGCCCCGUACUCGUACCAGCCGAGCGUGACGUAUCAGACGACAUCGUCAGGUACGUGUUGCACAAUGACUUCUGUGUCAACAUCAGUAGCUAACUCAUUGGUAGUUCGAACAGGUUCAGACACCGACACUUACGAGCCAACAUACAUAUCCUCAACCACAGUCAGCGAGGUGAUUGUCACUCCUAUUUCGUCAUCUCGCGGCUUCACGGCUCCCACGUCGUGGAGCGUGAGCACCCUUCCCAGCUCUUCUGGUGCCGAAACAAGCACCUAUGAUCCGAUCUCCGAGACCGAGCCGGGCAGUCCUUCGACAUCGAUUACUGGUCUACCCAACUCCUCGUUGCCCACAGUUGCCCCCUCAUCUGAAGGCUCUGUAGCUACGACCGGAACCAACGACCCUGUGCUGUCCUCCUCUUCUGCUCUCUCCACCGACAACACGUCGAUCAAUGGCUCUACUAUACCGACUACGAGAACAUAUAUCGAGCCAACAUCGUCGGAGCCGACCAUCUUUACAACAGGCACCGCUGACCCUAUCCUCUCUUUCACUUCCACCCUCACUUCCGGUGCCACAUCUCGGCCUGUUUUCGUCAACACUACAACGACCAGAGCUGAGACUUCCAUUCCCACUUCGAGCACCACCAGCAGGCCUGUUUACGGCAGCUACACCUUCUCUUUCCCUUCUAGCUUGAACCGCUCUUCCACUGUCUCGUCUGGCACGGCCAGUGUCGACCCUACUUUCACCACUGGAAGCGUUGAUCCCACUGGAGUAACUUCGUCUUCAUACACCACCACUUCAGCCUCUUUGUCAGAGACUGCGAUUGUUGACCCAACAGCCUCGUACACCAGCUCCUUCCCCUUAAGUGAGACUGCAAGCGUCGACCCCACUGGAGCCUCUACCUCCUCUUACGCCACCUCUUCAUCUCCCUUGUCCGAAACAGCAGUUGUCGACCCAACAGCUUCUUACACUUACACCUCCACCACCUCGGCAUCGGUCAUCGACCCCACAGCGUCCUACACCUCCUCAGCCCCCAUCUCAGAAACGGGAUCCGUCGACCCAGUCUUCACAACUUCCACUUCCAGCAUUCCUUUCUCAGAAACUGGCACAACAGAGCCCACACUUCUCCCAUCUACGUCAUCCCAUCAAUACUCCAACACAACCACACCCGCUACUGAAACCGCCUCUGUCGACCCAACCGGUGUAACCACAGAGUCCAGUGCCGCCCAACCAACCACCUUCUCGACUCUGACCGCAACUACCACCACUGCUACCUCUGACGAAACAACCAGCACCCCGACUGAGACGCCUGAGCCUGGGUAUGGAUAUGGAGGGGGUUAUGGCUAUGGGUACUGGAAUCGGUAUGGAGCGGCGAGGUGGGGGAGGGUGAAGGCUGCUGUUGAGGGGAAGGGGAAGGGUCAUCCUGGACAUUAG